CUUUGAUGUCUCUAAAUCUAGAUGGUCACCAGGACAGAGGGUCAAAUUGAUGACUCUCUAAUUGGUGGCAAUGCCUCUGCCGAAGGUCCUGAGGGAGAGGGGACAGAAGCCACGGUCAUAACUGGUGUGGACAUAGUGAUAAACCACCACCUGCAGGAAACCAGCUUCACAAAGGAGUCCUACAAGAAGUACAUCAAGGACUACAUGAAAGCAAUCAAAGCCAGACUUGAGGAACACAAGCCAGAGAGAGUAAAGCCUUUCAUGACAGGGGCUGCAGAACAAAUCAAACACAUCCUCGCCAACUUCAAAAACUACCAGUUCUUCGUAGGAGAGAACAUGAAUCCAGACGGCAUGGUGGCCCUGCUGGAUUUCCGCGAGGACGGCGUCACCCCCUAUAUGAUCUUCUUUAAGGACGGCUUAGAAAUCGAGAAAUGUUAACGGAUCAAACAGUUUGGCUUCGGAUCACCCGUCUUCAUAGCUGGCUGCUGUUUCUUCUUCAUCAGCACAACACCAGGAAUCGGCGAUGUCUAACAACUGGACUGAUGUCAUCUUGAGCUUUAUUCACUUAAUUUUUGACCCUGAUUUGGAGUGGAGGCAUUGUUUUAAAAAAGAAAAAACAAAACAUCUGUCAUGUAGGUUGUCUAAAAUAAAACUCAUUUAAACCCAU